AUGGUACAGACGCAAUUCUGUAAGAAGGUCAAGUUCGUGCGACACGACGGAGCUCGCGAGUUUGCAACCAACUCGCUUCAACUGUUCUACGAAGACGAAGGCAUUGAACAGCAGACAACGGUGCCGUAUGUGUUGUUAGGUGUAAAGCUUGACGACCGAAACUGGGAGUGA